UGGGAGUGGUCUAAUUUAGUGAAAUGUAUGGGAACAUAAAAGUGUUUUAACUGUGCACAAUCUUGCUGCAGACUGCAACACUUUUUCAGAUCCCUGAACUGUUGAGGGAAAUGUUACUCAUGGUUGUUCUCUAUUCGUGUUUCUGCUGUUUAGUGGAUGUGUUUGGUGAUGAAGUAAAGUCAGUGAUGGAGGGAGAUUCUCUUACUCUACACAAUAAUAUUACUGAACUACAGAGAGAUGAUGUGAUCGAGUGGAGGUUUGGAGAUAAAGGUUCUCUCAUAGCUAGAAUAAAUAAAACAGCUAAUAUAGUUAGAAUAAAUGAUGAUGUUCUUGAUGGGAGAUUCAUAGACAGACUGCAGGUGGAUAAUCAGACUGGAGAUCUCACCAUCACAAACGUCACAACUCAACACGCUGGACUUUAUCAAGUAACCAGCAGAAAGACACCCAAUGCCCCAUACAGAUUCAAUGUUACUGUCUAUGCUCAUCUACCCAUUCCUGUCAUCACCACACAAAACUCUUCAUCAUCAGAAACAUCAUCAUGUGUGUUGUUGUGUUCAGUGUUGAAUGUGAGAGAUGUGAGUCUGUCCUGGUACAAAGGAAACAGUUUAUUGUCCAGCAUCAGUGUGUCUGAUCUCAACAUCAGCAGCAUCUCUCUUUAUCUGAAGUGUCUGGAUGAAUCUUACAGAUGUGUGGUAAAUAAUACCAUUAGUAACCAAACUCAACAUCUCAACAUCACUCAACUCUGUCAGAUGCGUUCAGACUGUGUUUGCUGUUGUUAUGUUUCUGAAGCUGUGAUCGAUUGGUUCUCGUCGGUCUGGUAGUUGUGGCUACUGUAGCUGUUUUAGUUUAUGACAUCAGAUCCAGAAGAGCCGAACUGAAGGAGGAAGUUCAGACAUCACCAUCAGACUGAUACAUUUUACAUUGUGAUAUGUAGGAGUAGUUAUAGCCAUAGAUAUGUAUAAAGGCUUGAUGUGUUAUGGCGGAGUCUCUAAUGUCAUCACCUGGCGGCCAUCUUACCACAGGCAGCUCGCUCAUUCGUAGCAUUGUGUUUUAAUGAUACAGGUACUUUUAAAUGAUCAUAACUUGCUCAAUUUUCUACCGAUUUUCAAAUGGUGUGGUUUCUUACAAAUUUUGUUAACGUGGCUAUAAUUCUGGAUGCUUUAACAUGUUUCAUGAAAAUUAUAUAUUAUUUUUAGUUUAAGUAUGCAGUGUCAUAGGAACAUCUUUGACUGUAAACAAUUAAGCAAGUUAUGGUCAUUUAAAAGUACAUGCAUCAUUAAAACUCAAUGCUACGAGUGGGCGAGCUGCCUGUGGUAAGAUGGCCGCCAAUUGCAGACGUUCCACUCAAUUGGCCAGCAGCGAGGCAAGACAACUAGCUUUUAUACAUACUGUAUCUAUGGUUAUAGCUUUCUAGUGUUAUUGCCAAGGAUGUCAUUUUGUCAAAUAUAAAUUUUGACUUAUUAUAUGUUUAGCACAGAUCCGUAACUUGAUUUGAUGUAAAUUAUUAUUGUUGCAUUGCAAUGUUUUGUUGUUGUUGUUUUUAAUGUAGUAAUUGAGUAUUUUUCAGAGGCAUCAAGUUAAAAAUGAAUAAAUCUCAGUUCAAUAUUUCAAAUCUAUGUUUUUUGUAGCUGUACAACAAAGUCAAAAGUGUCAUACAGUUUACCUGUCAUACAGGUACAGUUUAAAACUAUUUAAAGCAACAUGAUCUCACGGCAAUUCGUGUUAUAGUCACAAAAAAUUUGAUUAAUCUAUGAGUGUCCAUGGCACGAAAUUCAGCUUUU